AUGGCGGGCUCAAUUAAUAAACCCAAAAAGCCCAUGUCCAAGCGGACUACCAGUCGGCUACGGAAUAAAAUCGAGAAGAAGUCCAAGGCGAAGCAGCGGAAGGACAGGAAGCUAGCAAAGAAGAACCCAGAGUGGCGCUCAAAGCUCAAGAAAGAUCCCGGGAUUCCAAACCUCUUCCCAUACAAGGAGAGGCUCCUGCAGCAAAUCGAGGAAGCCAAGAUCCAAAAACAGGAGGAGCUCUGUCGGAGGAAAGAGGCGGCCAAGGCGGCCAAGGCACAGAAGGACGAUACCGGCGCAGAUGAUGCCGCUGAGGGCGCUGGUGUCGGCGAUGGCCACAUGGGAGACGACGGCGAGAUGAUGGACGAGGACGACGUCGACGAGUUGGAUCCCAUGGCUGCCCUCAUAGCGAGCGCCCGUGCUGCCGCUGAGAAGUAUGACGAGGAUCUGGAGACUGACGACGACUCGGGGAUGGACGACGGCGAUCGCGACAACAACGACGACUCGUCGGAGGGAGACGAAGACGAGGGCGCGAUCGAAGUGACAGGAGGAGCAACAUCGCGGAAGGCAUAUGACAAGGUCUUCAAGCAGGUUGUCGAGCAGGCCGACGUCGUCCUCUACGUUCUCGAUGCCAGGGAUCCUGAGGGCACCAGGUCAAGGGACGUGGAGCGAUCCGUGAUGGCGGCGGCGAGCGGCGGAAAGCGACUGAUCCUGAUCCUCAACAAGGUCGAUCUGAUCCCGCCACCCGUGCUCCGCGGCUGGCUUGCGCACCUGCGCAGGUACUUCCCUACGCUUCCGCUGCGGGCCUCCAACGCGGCGCCCAACGCCAACACCUUCAACCACCGAGACAUGACGGUUCAGAGCACGAGCUCGGCAUUGUUCCGCGCGCUCAAGUCAUUCGCCGCGGGCCGCAACCUCAAGCGUGCCGUUUCCGUCGGCGUGAUCGGCUACCCCAACGUCGGAAAGUCGUCCGUCAUCAAUGCCCUCAUGUCCCGCAUGGGCGGCCAGCGCUCUGCCUGUCCCGCAGGUGCCGAGGCCGGCGUCACCACGUCCAUCCGGGCGGUCAAGAUAGACUCCAAGUUGACGCUGCUCGACUCUCCUGGGAUUGUCUUCCCCUCGACCACGGCGACCUCUUCGGCAGCGUUCGUGCCCAAGAACAAGGCCGAGGCUCACGCACACCUUGUGCUGCUGAACGCAGUGCCCCCCAAGCACAUUGAGGACCCCAUACCUGCCGUCACUCUGCUGCUCAAGAGGCUUUCAGCAUACCCAGAGCUGUCACGGAAGCUUAGUGAGGUCUACGACCUGCCGCCACUCCUGUCCAACUACGAAACCGGCGACGCGACCACGGACUUUUUGGUGCAGGUGGCGCGGAAGCGGGGCCGUAUCGGCCGCGGCGGCAUUCCAAACAUUGCUGCGGCGGCCAUGACCGUGGUCACGGACUGGCGUGACGGGCGGAUCCAGGGGUGGACCGAAGCCCCAGUGCUUGCGGUAUCCGUAGAUGGCAAGGCCGCUGCGGCUAACACGGGCUCCGUCACUGUUGUGAACGACGAGGCCACGCUGCCGGACCAGAAACAGAUCGUUACCGAGUGGGCCAAGGAGUUCAAGCUCGAGGGCCUGUGGGGCGCUCUUGACGAUGCGGUGGCUGCCGGGCAAGAGGAUUCGAUGCGGGAGUAA